CAAUUCUAUACAAAUUUCAGAUUCCAAUAUGUGGAGGAUCUACUGCAGAUCAAUUCGAAAUGGCUUCAUUUAUAAUUGCAAAUAAAUUACAUAAGAAACAUAUAGUUGGUAUACAUAAAUUAGUGAUUCUGUCAUGCGGAAAUCCACUGGGCACUCGAUUAGGCAUUGGGUAAUUGGUACAGCAUUACCAUGUGGUCCAAGCUGCUUUUCAGUGCUCUCUUCGGAAUUUUCCUAGCUGCCAACUUUGAAGUUAAUGAUGCUGUGCUCUUUAGGUUCACAAACUUCGUCUGCAAGAGCUACAAUACAUCCGCGUUUGUGUUCAAUAACUGUCGCCUGAAGGCCGUCAGUCGGGAAAGGGUGCUCCUCAAUAUGAAUGGGACGGUACUACAUUCGGUAAAUAAUGUAUCGCUUCAUGCCAAGAUUUUUAAAAAAGCAAACGGCUUCCAGCCGUGGGUUCUGGAAGGAUCCGUCGAUGCGUGCCGAUUUUUGCGAAAGACCUAUAAUCCGUUUAUGCGUAUAGUCUACAAUCUUUUCAAGGAAUUUUCCAAUAUCAACCACACAUGUCCGUUUGUGGGUCCACAAAUUGUGAAGGAUUUCUAUCUGAAGCCCGAACUACUGCGACUGCCCUUUCCAACCGGAGAUUAUAUGUUGUGGAUGCAGUGGUUCUUCUAUAAUAGACCCCAAUUCGAUACUAAUGUUAGUUUUGCCUAUGUGGAGGAUCUACUGGUACAAAAGAAGGAAAACUAAUUCAAUAUAUUUUUAAAGUACAAUAAAGAAUUCAUUUAUUGUUGGAUUAAAAGGCAACCAUUAUGACGCGAAAUGGUGGUGAGAUA